AUGGCAUCGCUGGCGGCGGCGGGGUUCCACCGCGUCAUCACCAGCCACUCCUUCCUCCGCCGCCUGCACGCGCUCCAGCCGCCGUCCUUGCUCGGCUUCCACUCCUUCUCCGCAUUGUUCCACCCCGGGGAGUCGCCACACCCCUCCGCGCCCGCCGCCCGCGCCGUCGCCGAAGCCGCUGACUUCGAGUUCUCGUUCCUCCCCACCAGGGGUUUCUGGAAGGUCCGGGACGCCCGCGGCGGCCGCUUCGCCCUCGACUGCUACGAGGGUACGUAUCCUACAUUCACCACCAUAGCGGUCUGCGACCCCUUGUUCCGCCGCUACGAACUUCUUCCGCCACUCCAGGAAGACUUGACCGCGGCAGUCGAGCAGCCGCUCCAAGUGAAUGGUGAGCGUAGGUGCGAUGUUUUCCUUGCCCCCUGCAGCGAGGAGGAGGCAGAGAGAGCGCCGGGAGCGUUCAGUGUGAUUUUGAUGGCCCAGUGCCCAACUAAGUUAGUCGCAUUCAUAUUCUCCUCGGCUAGCGGGCUUGGAUUCCCCUUCCGCAGCAAGCUGAUUGUGCUAGACAUGGGCAGGAUGGAGUUCUAUCCUGUCAAUCAUCCAUCCAACCACAAGCUUGAGCAAUUUGCUAUUGUGGAGUUAGGGGAAAGCAGACGUGGGAUGUUCAUGAUUGGUAAUGGAGGUAAUCCCCGCCAUGAAGACUGCUGUAUAGUCCGACUAUUUAGUGCAAGCAAUCAAAUUAAUGGUGAAGGUGCCACUGAGUGGGUGCUGGAGAAUACAGUUUUACUGUCUCGCUCGAGUAGCUUCAGCAUGCUAGGUGUUGCUGAUGGGAAAUUACUAUUGCAAGGAGCACGUGAACAUAAUUCUGAAGAAGUGUUUGGUUGUAUUUCGCUGGACUUCAAGACUAGGCAGAUUCAGAGGGUUCGAGGGAUUAUUCACAAUGGCCGCUGUCCUAUGGUAGCCCAAUAUAUUGGUUACCCACCAUCACUAUCAUUACCUACUAUAUGA